AUGAUAGAAGAAGAUUUUACAAUAACAACAACAACUUCAUCUUCUUCAUCAGAGAAUGUAGCACAUGUAACACAGUUAAAGACUACGUUUCUGACGUUGGCAGGUCUAUAUGCAUUCACUCGUUUAUCUCGUGCAGAUUGUCAUCUGGGUGUUGCUCUUUGCGCUGCCGUCGGAGCAUCGCGACCUCAUGGACAAAGUGGACAACGUCUUCUACUCGAGUAUCUCAUUGGUGGCCGGUCUCGGCUUUUGUUACUACGUGUCUACAGUGUCAACAGUGUAACCAUUGCAAUCUACUACGCGGUCAGUGAGAUCAUCCCGUCGAUAUUCGUUAUUAUUCUAUUCCGUAAGAUGCCACCACGACCUGCUGUCACACCUACCUACCGAGUCAACGUUGGACAUCGAUCAACAAUCGAACCGGAUUACUUUAAAAAAGAUGGUAACGGUGGCAGUGGAGUAAUUAUCACUUCUGGUGGUGGUGGUGACUAUAGUCGUGAUAGUCGUGGCAGUCGUGGUGGUCACAGUCAGAGUGGUGUUGUUUGA